AUGAAUAAGCGUAGAGGGAAGUUACCCUCGAGGAGACCUACCUCGAUCAUCAGUAGUAUAUUUGAUUCGAUUAAGUCACUGUUUUCCCCAAGAAAUGAAGAGUUACGAAUUAUGAAACAGGUAUAUGAUAGGAGGACGAGAAGACAGAUGAAGUUGAAAGUGUUACAGAAGGAGGCUGCCAAAAGGGCGCAAUUGAAUAGUAAAAAUGAUGACGUAUCUUCCAUUGCCAAUAUGGGAUUCAUUAGAGAACAAACCACGAUGGAUGACACAACGACACUGGAUGAACUGAGGCGUGAGAUUGACGAUCUGAAGUCGAAAUUGAGACAGAGAAACAAAGAUUUGAAAUUUACGCAGACUAAAAACGAACUUUUACAGAAGGCGUUGGACGAGGCAAAGAUUGACAGGUCGUACGUGAAAUCUAGAAGAGAUAUUCGCAACUUGGAAAAGGAGAAUUUAAAGCCACACAUCGAACUGCCACCGUCCCCACAGCGGAAGGUCAACCCAUUGGUGACUUCGAGUCCCAUCAGAAGAUCAUCCUUCGAUCACUUAGAAAACGAAAUAGCACCGCCUCCAAAACUCAAUUUCUCUGCCAAAUACCCAUCGUUGCCUCAUGCAGAGACGCAAUCGCAGGAUCAGUAG